AUGUGGCUACCACUUCUUUUCCAGAUAGAUGGUGUGGAGGCCUUGAACAAUGUUUUGCUUAUUGGAAUGACAAACAGAAAGGAUUUGCUUGAUGAAUCUCUUUUAAGACAGCCGAUCUCAUCUCCUUCGUCUUUUCCACUUCCUUCUGUUUAUCGCCUCAAGUCUGUGCAAUCAAACCUCCAUCAAAGGGGCAUAGGUGGUCUGGGUGCAGAGUUUGCUGAUAUAUUUAGAAGAGCUUUUGCGUCUCGUGUAUUUCCACCUCAUGUCACGAGCAGAUUGGGGAUAAAGCACGUUAAGGGAAUGCUUCUUUUUGGACCUCCUGGUACAGGAAAAACCCUUAUGGCACGGCAAAUUGGAAAGAUGCUGAAUGGAAAGGAUCCAAAGAUCGUUAAUGGUCCUGAGGUGCUGAGCAAGUUUGUUGGUGAGACAGAAAAGAAUGUAAGAGACUUAUUUGCUGAUGCUGAGCAAGACCAGAGGACCCUUGGUGAUGCGAGUGAGUUACACGUCAUUAUAUUUGAUGAAAUCGAUGCUAUUUGUAAGUCAAGAGGCUCGACCAGAGAUGGCACAGGUGUCCAUGAUAGUAUUGUGAACCAGCUUUUGACAAAGAUAGAUGGUGUGGAGGCCUUGAACAAUGUUUUGCUUAUUGGAAUGACAAACAGAAAGGAUUUGCUUGAUGAAGCUCUUUUAAGGCCGGGAAGAUUGGAGGUUCAAGUUGAGAUAAGCCUUCCUGAUGAAGCUGGACGUUUCCAAAUUCUUCAGAUUCACACAAACAAGAUGAAGGAAAUUUCUUUCCUUGGUCAUGAUAUCAAUCUCCAAGAGCUUGCUGCUCGAACAAAAAAUUACAGUGGGGCGGAGCUUGAAGGUGUUGUUAAAAGUGCUACAUCAUAUGCGUUAAACAGACAGUUAAGCAUGGAUGAUCUUACAAAGCCAGUGGAAGAAAAGAAUAUUAAGAUCACGAUGGAGGAUUUUCUCCAUGCAAUCCAUGAAGUUCAGCCUGCCUUUGGAGCCUCCACAGAUGACCUGGUGCGCUGCAGAUAUGCUAGGACGUUGCUGCUAUGGUCAAUGCAUCUGAGGUGAAACAUGAACCAGCUCAGCCUUUUUAACUGUGUAGCUACCAUUGAUAACGUUGUGUGGGACUCUAGAUGAAAUGAAGAAAAUUUUCAUUUCCUAAGGAAGUCAUUCAGGCUGAAUACUUCAGACUUCUACUCAAACCAGUCACGUAGUUGGUUUUGUCAUUUUCCGCUGUGUUUUUUUUCGUUCGCUUGCCUCUUCUUUCUUUCUUUCUUUCACUACUUAUUCAAAAGGGUAACCAGAAGUAUUGCAUUCACCUGAUUGAGCUACUUAACAAUCGUGUUUGUUCUCUUUAAAGUUACCUAACUGCAAGAGCAUGCCUCUUGAUACCAGGCAACGUGAUUUGCCUCCUCAACUUUGCUUUGAGGAUAACGCAGCUUGAACUGUCCCUCUCCCUGAGCUUGGGAGACCAUAUGCAGCUGAGCUUCAGGCUCGCUGUUUGCAGCCAUCACCACUCCAGUCUCUUCUGUGGAGUCAUCAUGAUAAGGAGUCUUGUGGAAAACGGUUCUCAAUGUCUGACAUG